CUGGAUGCGAGCAGUGGAAAGGGAUGCCGAAAAAAUGAAACUCCUUAGCACUAAUUUUUCACAUCCCUCUACAGGAGAGGAUGGAGACCAACCUUACGACGGCCUCUGUACAAAGGAGCGGAUUAAUACCUGUUUUCACCACUCAGUGCACGUGAGUAUGCCGUCAGCGCGACAGAAACUGAAGGUAGACGCGACGCAGAGAAGCUACCAUAUUGAGGUCAGAAGAAAGCGUUGCCAAGACGACCAGCUUGCUAGGGAGGACACUGCGGCGCGCGUCACACGCCGGGGACGAGCGUGCGUGCAUACGUGCGUGCUGGUGCGCGCGCGCGUGCUACUGCGAGCCAGCCGAGGCGGUCACGGCAUCCACACAGCAGCGGCAGCAGCAGAGGCAGCGUCUUCUCACAAGACUACCGGAGGACCGCGCCGUGUUUGUCCGCCGUUACCGAGGCUUGCACCGUGACUUGAGGCGCCGCUCGGCCGAGUCGGAGUUCUGCUUGAGGGGAUUUACUGAGGAUUUAUCGACGACAUCCCAGAAAAACGCUCAAAAACCCGAGCUGCUGCGACCAUUGGUCAACACAGGUGACACUUCCCGGCUGUCAAAUCCGCCGAGUCCCCGCAGACACGUCCGGGUUAUUUGGGGGUUAUUUUAUCGUUAAAGGGCCUCGAUAAAAACAGACUUUUCUCCUGAGGCAAACCGAACUGUCAGUCGAGAAAUUAAAUAAUAUAUUGGCGUGCUCAAGAAGAGUGAGAAGACCGAACCGAGCCUGCCCGCUCGGAUGGGGAAUCAUACUAAAUCCUGCUGUAUGUGGUGUGUAAUGCAGUAGAGCAGCUUUAUUUUUGGUAUUCACUCUCCACUGUCAUUGUCUCCAGUCAUGAAGUCCCACCUGCCGGCCGGGCUGGAUUGAACGAGGUAGUGCUGCCGGGGGUGGGCAUUUUUUGGUGUAAUUUUUUGUGUUUUUUUUUUUUAAUUUAUUUUUUAUUUUUUUAUUUAUGUUUUUGUAGGCACACUUUUUGCUCGCGUGACAAUUACCGCUACUGAAGGAAGGUUUAGUGAAGAGGACAAGGAAGAGAAGGACGAAAUCUCAGGAAAAAAACCCAACAACACACAAAACAAAAAACAUCAGUGGGAAUCUGGCACCUUACCCGCACCCGUGGAUCACAAAUUAACAGGUCAUGUGAGCCACAUGCUUUCCCUAUGUGCCCAGCAUUAGCUCCCUGCUGUCUCAGAUCUAUAUGAAUACUUCAGCGUGCUUUGACCUCAAGGAGAAUUCAGCGGCUGUUGAGGACAUCAGUCAAAUCUAUCUGGAUGAUAGAAGACCAAUAGGGAUGGAACGCAACAGAGCCAUGGCUGAGGAAGCGUUUCGGCUCGCCGUUGCUCGGAAUCAGCACUGAUCUGGUACCCAGACCUGAGGUCCAACCUCCUUCUCCAGCACCCCAAGGACCCUUCUUUUCCCCCAGCGACGGUUUUGCCCUCCAUCUCACCUUCACUCAGCACUCCUGGUCUUAAUCAAACCUCCAAAAAGGCUCCUUUUAGUCUUUCAGGAUCUGCCUGCUUUUGUUGUUUUAAUCCCUUUCUUAUGCUUUACACUUCACAUUGUUGUUUAUAAUCCAUAUUCUCUCAUAAAAAGACAGAAGUGCUCCAAAAAGGACUCGAGGCAGGUGGCUGAACAGUAUGAAUCCAGUCAUGUACCCCCUUCUACUUGCUUUGAAUAAACAAAGUCGGCGGGGUUUGUCGUCCAGGACGCGCCCCCUUACUCUCAUGACAGACUGGUGCCUAAUGGGUGCGCUAGGCCUCAUCCUGCUCCUCAGCCUGGCCUCGAGCCAGAAGAUGGACCCUUCCAAACACCCCAUAGUCACCACCAACUACGGCAAGCUCCGAGGCAUCAAGAAGGACUUGAACAAUGAGAUCCUAGGCCCCGUGGAGCAGUACCUGGGCGUGCCAUACGCCACAGCACCCAUCGGCGACCGCCGCUUUCAGCCGCCCGAAGCCCCAGGAUCCUGGCAGGAGAUCCGCAACGCCACGCAGUUCGCCCCUGUGUGCCCUCAGAACGUACAUGGAGUGCUGCCGGAGAUAAUGCUGCCCGUGUGGUUCACAGACAACCUGGAUGUGGCGGCGGGUUACAUCCAGAACCAGAGCGAGGACUGCCUCUACCUCAAUGUCUACGUGCCCACAGAGGAUGGUCCGCUCACAAAAAAACAUGAUGAAUCUUCAAUGAACAAGCCUCGAGACGAAGAUAUUCGUGACCGCAGGAAGAAGCCUGUCAUGCUGUUUAUUCAUGGAGGCUCCUACAUGGAAGGCACCGGGAACAUGUUUGACGCCAGCGUCCUCGCCGCGUACGGCAACGUGAUCGUGGUGACCAUGAACUACCGGCUCGGCGUGCUCGGCUUCCUCAGUACUGGUGAUCAGUCUGCUAAGGGAAACUAUGGCCUGCUGGACCAGAUUCAAGCCCUGCGUUGGCUCAAUGAGAACAUCGGCCACUUCGGUGGAGACCCAGAGAGGAUCACCAUCUUCGGCUCCGGAGCUGGGGCGUCCUGCGUCAACCUCCUCAUCCUCUCGCACCACUCGGAAGGUCUGUUCCACAGGGCCAUUGCCCAGAGUGGAACAGCCAUCUCCAGCUGGUCCGUUAACUACCAGCCCCUCAAGUACACCAAGAUCCUGGCCCGGAAGGUGGGCUGCACCUACACAGAGACGGCCGACCUGGUUGACUGCCUGAGACGCAAGAACUUCAGAGAGCUGGUGGACCAGGACAUCCAACCAGCCCGCUACCACAUUGCCUUUGGCCCUGUGGUGGAUGGCGACGUGGUGCCCGAUGAUCCUGAGAUCCUCAUGCAGCAGGGGGAGUUCCUCAACUAUGAUAUCCUAAUAGGAGUGAACCAAGGAGAGGGGCUGAAGUUUGUGGACGACAGCGAGGACAACGAUGGCAUCUCAGCCGCAGCAUUCGACUACACCAUCUCUAACUUUGUUGAUAACCUCUACGGAUACCCUGAAGGCAAAGACAUCCUGAGGGAGACCAUUAAGUUCAUGUACACCGACUGGGCAGACAGGGACAAUGGCGACAUGCGGAGAAAGACCUUAUUAGCUCUAUUUACGGACCACCAGUGGGUGGCGCCAGCAGUUGCCACUGCCAAACUGCAUGCUGAGUUUCAGUCCCCGGUUUACUUUUACACGUUCUACCACCACUGCCAGACCGAGACGCGACCCGAAUGGGCUGACGCUGCCCACGGAGAUGAGAUACCAUACGUGUUUGGUGUGCCCAUGAUCGGUGCCACAGAUUUGUUCCCAUGCAACUUCUCAAAGAAUGAUGUGAUGUUGAGCGCCGUGGUCAUGACUUACUGGACCAACUUCGCCAAGACUGGGGACCCCAACUUACCAGUCCCUCAGGACACAAAGUUCAUUCACACCAAGCCCAACCGCUUUGAAGAGGUCAUCUGGACCAAGUUCAACUCAAAAGACAAACAGUACCUCCACAUCGGCUUAAAACCUCGUGUUAGAGACAACUACAGGGCCAACAAGGUGGCCUUCUGGCUGGAAUUAGUCCCCCACCUCCACAGUCUACAUGAGGUGCUGUUCCCCACCACUACGCGGUCACCACCAGGCCCUCGUCCGGGCACCUAUGGACCCUGGCCCAGAACACCUGGUCCCCGCACCACUCGUCACCCCUACCCUACAAUCCCUUCUGAUCCGGAGCCUGAGGGUUCAGAGCGUCCACACCAGGACCUCUUCCCAGGUGACACCCGGGACUAUUCCACUGAGCUCUCUGUGACAGUCGCAGUAGGGGCAUCACUCCUCUUUCUCAACAUCCUAGCCUUUGCCGCCCUGUACUACAAGCGUGACAAGCGUCACGAGAUGCGGCGCCACCGGCUAUCUCCUCAGCGGGGUGGUCCUGCCAAUGACCUGGCUCACAGCCAGGAGGAAGAGAUCAUGUCUUUGCAGAUGAAGCACUCAGAGCAUGAUGCUCACCACGACAUGGAGCCUCUCCGGCCCCACGACAUCCUACGGCCCGCCUGCCCGCCUGAUUACACACUGGCGCUACGCCGUGCCCCCGAUGACGUGCCAUUGAUGACACCAAACACCAUCACCAUGAUCCCCAGUACCAUCACCAGCAUGCAGCCUCUUCAUGCCUUUAACACCUUCCCCUCCACUGGCCACAACAACACCCUGCCCCACCCUCAUUCCACAACCAGGGUAUAGUAGGGACUGCCCUGACACAGUGCAACCUAAGGACCAGGAAGACUGGCAUCUUUGCUAUUGAUCUAGAAUGGAGGCCUCUGGAUGUGGGCCUUUGUUCUGUUCUCUUAUCCUCUUUUUUCUCCAAAACAACUCCACCUCCUCCAUCAUUUGCUGUCAAACUUAGCAGCUCCCUCCACUGGUGGCGUGUGGAGAAGCAACUGAACUGCAAGGCAGCAGAUGAUCAGUUGGGGGCGAUAUAGAUCUUUUAAAGAUACUGCUUUCAAAGAAAGUCUGCUGUUUCCAGACUAAAGCCCGCUGACAUUUGUCAAAGGGACAAAUGCUUUUACUUUGGCAUCAUCUGUUUUUUCUCUCACUGAUGUAUUAUGUGCAUAUAUCGUUCUCUUUUUUACAUCUGUGUCUAUUCCCUGCUUUGUUCCCUCAUUCAACAUGUGAUUCUCUCCCUCUCCCCAGUGCUCCUUUGCUCUAAGGAUUCAUAAACUACUGAGCUGUAGGAGGGGACAUAGAGUGCAUACAGUAAGCAUAUAGCUAUGAAAACACUGAUAUCUGAUACUUUCAUUCUACCAGCAUUCUUGGUGCCAAGUAUGUACUACUGUGUUUGCUUUCUCAUCGAGGGAGAAAAAAACUAAAGAAAAUUCUAGAGUAUUCCUAUUUACUGUCAACUAACAGAUGCUGUGUGUUCUCAUGACAAAGUGCCAAACUGGCCCUCGAUUGUGUUUUUUCUUUCUUUCAUGUUCUGUUUCUUUUUUCAAGCAUUUGUUUAAUUGUUGUUUUUUGUGGAAAGAAUUUUUGCUGAAAAUAUAGAUAUAGAGAAAUGAUAUUAUAUAUAGUUAUAUAUAAAUGUGUACAAAGGAGAAAGUAUAUAAAUGGGUUUUCUCAGUGGGGAUCUAUGCAUGAAUUAUUUUUAAAGAUGAUGAUGGGGGAAAGGACACUGUAUCUGUCAAUGCACGUUUCCCAAAUCUUCUCAAAUCAUAUCGGUCCACUUUGGAUUUUGGUCUUUGUUUAACCUCACAGAAUAAGAACAUCACAGAAAAUCCUGAAGUAACUCAACAGAUCCACCUCUUCACCUCCCUUAUUUAAAAAAGUCAUCGCCACAAAUCUCAUAAGAUGUUAUGGUCAAAACAACAACUGUGAACAUACUUCAUUCAUUCCUUUCCUCCAUGAUGUUAUUUAGGUUUGCCAAGUGAUGCUACACGCCAAUAGUUAUCCCAUCAUCCUACAGUAGUUACUUCCUCUUUCCAUAUGUUUGGAAAUGAUUGCUUUUUUUAGGGUACUUGAGGUACCAAAUCUGUUGUUGUAGCUGGCGUGUACAGGAUUAUUUUUGUAUUUCAGUGAUGGUGAGAAACAAAGCAGAGACAGGCAGCCUCUGCUCUUUUACUUACACCUUCCCUCUCCUGUCUGCACCCCUAUUUCCAGCACAUGCAUAUUCUGUUUGAUGUGUGCCUGUGAGAGAAAAUGUGUGUGUGUGUGUGUGUCGUAUCAGAGCUGCUUCACAUUGGCAUAGGUGGUCCCUAAUUAGAAAGCAAAGAGAUAGAGAGGCAGACAGGCAGAAUCAUUCCCAUGGUAAAAACUUACUCCAAAAUGAGCUCCUUCCUGCUGCUUACCCAAACACCCCCUUCUGUAUUAACAUCACAUACUCCCUCCCUUCCCCUCUCUACAUCAAUAUGUUAGCUUCGUAUUCACGACUGAUACUGUCCAUAUUGCGGUAAUCACCCAUAACUACCCUGCUGUGACCACGAAACUCCAAAACACCAGACUUCACUGUGUCAGCGCCAUUCUACACAAUUUCUGACCUCAGUUCAGCUCUGCUAUUGUCCUCACAUUCAAGGGUUAAUCCACUAAGCAAGUGAGUUUUUGUGGGCUCAUCAGUUGUAAAUUAAACUCUAAGCACACUGAGGGUAACCGGUGGGCCUUCGCGGCCUGCAGCACAGAGCUGCAAGAAGAAAAAGGGGGCUCGGAUCUCCUAAACAGGGUAAAAGCAACACACUCAAUAACUCUGAUUCUUCUCUUUUUUGGGGUGAGGAUGCGUGGGCCUGCAGCUCAGCAGUGCCCCCCCCCCCUUCUGAUUCUCUGCUAAGGAUCUCAAAUGUGGAUCAUGGGUUGUACUCUGUUUAUACAGUAUGUUAACUGAACUGAUGUGCUGUUGUUCGAGCCCACAGGAACCCAUAGUAGCCUACAUCCAAUAUGGGAGAAGUUAGUCACCGGUGCUGUCUUUGCUUGUGCCCUAGCUUUAGCCUGUUUGUUUUCUAUUUUAUUACUGCCUAACGGGGUGGCGGGGGAGGGCUGGAAGGGGAGAGAGAUAUACAGUACCUGGCUGCUCCUGUCAGAGAUUUUGUAAGCUUACUGAAAGGGGAAAUGCGCACAAUGUAAAACACAAAACAACUGACUUGGGUGUGCUGCAGGUGGAUAAACGCUGUCAAACAGAUGAUGGACAGUAGCGCAAGUAAAGGUGAAUGUCCUGAAGCGACUUUGGGAGGAGAUUGGAAAAAGACUCACAGCCUUAAAUGUAGGAAUCUGAAUCAGAAGAAUCAAAAGAGAGGAAGAACUGAUCACUAGCAAAUAAGGAAAUUCAAAGGCAUGGUCGUCUUUCUACCCACAAUGUUUGCCACCUUGCUAAUCUGUCCUACGGAGGAUCUGCCCGAUCAGAUCCACAUGAACCCUUUUGUACUCACUCCUGUGGAUAAGGAGGCAGUGAGGGGUUGUGAAGGAAACCUCACCACAAUACAGCUACAAUGACACCACUGGAGGUGAAAACAGAAACAAGGUAUUCAGUUUGGUCUGUUCUUUUUCUUUGUCUAUUUUAUAAGCUAACACUUGAGGGCGCCAUUGUGGCAGAUUCAGUGCAGUCUGGCCACUCUGAGGAGACUGGAUGUGUGAAGAAAAAUACCAAACUGGGUGACAGGAGAGAGACACACAACAUCUGGAAGAGGAUCUAAACUGUACAUUUUUAAGUGUAAGAAUCAAACAGACAAAAUAUUUGUAAAUAUUAAGUUUUCUUGUUUGUUUUCCUUUUUUUUUUCUUUUUUUUGAGUGAAUGAAUGAAAUGCUUAUUUUGUGACAACGAAAGACAACAGGUGCAGUUUGCAAAAAAUAAAUAAAUAACUAGAGGUUUCAUAUUCAUUGAUGAGUAAAAACUGCUUGCCACUGAUCAGUUUUCAUGACAUUCUAAAAUUGCUUUUUCUCUUUAUCUUGUUCUCGCAUUGCCCUUUAUGACAUGGGCGUCCUGUAGCAUCAUGAUUCCUGAUCAGGAAAGUCACUGUAGCAGAAUUCAUCUCCCUACAGCCCCCACAUGACUAAGGGGCUGUAGUUAGCUUUUGACAGUUUCCAAUGAAUAUUACUUUUGUAUUUGAAAGAUACAGUUCAGGUCUGGGGCAUUGUGAUAGAAAUAUAAAUUCCUCUGCAUCCUUUUUUUCCAAACAUAAGCAAACUUUUAUUUUGAAACUGAUCCAAGUAUAUUCUUGAUGAAUCUGUGCUGCAUGAUUUGUGUGACUUUCAGAGGCUAAGAGUACUGAUAAAAGCCAGUUUUGCCUUUUGCCAGCUAACUAAAGUAACAAUGGUGUAGGGAACAGGCCGGUGACUCGUGGUCAGGGCUUCUAAACUGAGACACGAAACCAGUGGCUCUCAAACUGGUGGUCUCGCCCCAUGUGGGUAAUAGAACCACAACAGGAGGGGUCUAGGAUGAUCAGGGGAAAAAUAUGGAGUGAAAUAAAGUUGAAUGAAUAUGAUGUAUGUAGGAAAAAACAACAAACCUAUCAUUGUUAAUGAUUGAUAAGAAUUGUGGGGAGACGGGGGUGAACUUUUUCCAGCUUCUGAAGGGGGGCAUGCCAGAAAAAGUUUGAGAACCACUUCACUGAACACAAGUGGAGUCAAUUACAUGUUAGCUCACUUCACAUGUAGCAGUGUUUACAUGUAGCCACCUAAUCGCAUGUGGGACAGACAUGAGGGCUUAAUACCAUAAGAUGCCUCAUAUCCUCAUAAAGAAAUGUCAUCACACAUGCAGUCCAUUGUUUUCCCUCCACACACUGUGUUGCAUUGUGGUUAUGGAGGUUGUGUUGCCCUUGCAGUGAUCUGAUGUAGCAGAAAAGAUUUUCAUGUUCUAAACAGUUGAAAGAUGGACAACGUCAAAUAAAUCAGACAAGUCUGUCUGACUCAGAGCAUGUGUGUGUACACACACUUAACCAAAGUGACUCACUGCAGCCCUGUGGUUCACACGGGUGGCACUGGAUCAGUUUAUUCUUAUUCAACAUGCCCAAAAACCACAGUCAUCUAACUGAAACAAGAUGACUUCAUGCACACCAGAGAGGUUUAGAGCUCCAGUGUCAGGUCAUGCAUGAAAGCACAUGAUUAACGCCCCAAAAUGGAAAACAUACACAAAGGCGAAAACACAUAUAUACCCUCGCACACUAACAUAAAUCUUCAGCUUGCAAAGUUGCACCUGUUGUCUUGUUUUUACAUUCUUUGUUGAAUUCAGAAACCCAAGACUUGAGAUGAAGAAAAAUGUUAAAUAAUGGAAUUUUAAAAAAAGAUGAUUAUUAAAAAAAAAGUAAAGUAAAACUAUAUAAAUAAAUGAGGUGAUGAUAUUUCUGUUUACUUUAGAAGUUAUUAUACACUGUAUGCUGUGAUUCUGAUCUGGGAAACAUUAAAGACAUUCAUAGCCAGA